AUGGCCGACGAGAUGAAGUCCGUCACAUCUUCCUACCACGUACGGCAGGUUCUUUGGAGCACUGAUUUCCGCCGAGUAACGGCUUAUCGUGUUCUCUUUGCUAUAGGACUAGCGGACUGUAUUCAACUCAUCAUUCACGUGGUAACAAGCAUCACAGUUAUCUUUCAAUUUGAGAUUCCUCCUGUCAUAGACAAGGUUCUUUGGAGCACUGAUUUCCGCCGAGUAACGGCUUAUCGUGUUCUCUUUGCUAUAGGACUAGCGGACUGUAUUCAACUCAUCAUUCACGUGGUAACAAGCAUCACAGUUAUCUUUCAAUUUGAGAUUCCUCCUGUCAUAGACAAGGUAUUGAUGGCUACGACUCUACUCGGUUUUGCUGUGUUUCUUGUGCUUAAAUGUCUACCAACAAUAAAUUAUUUAUUCAAUCCCGUGGCUAUUCAAUGGAUAACGCCUUCACAAGAUCACGUGAUUUCCCACAUUCUCAGGGCUUACUCCAACUGGAUCAUAGCAGUCUAUGUAGCGCUCUCUGCCAUCUUCUACACAGCAAUUUUUCUACAUAUUAAAAUUGCGCGAAGUAAUAAAACAACUAGACGUGAAAGG